UGCCAAGGACUGAAGCCGUCCCCAACCUUUUAUUUAAGAGAAUCUCUCGAAUUUCUUUCUACCUCUCAUGGGCAGGGUUAACGUGAACUCCUAAGCAAUUGUGGAGUGAGGCCCCACCUCUCCUAGCCUGAUCUGCAGGCUCGGGUUUCUCUCUCCUGCCUGGUUCUCAGGAGCCCUCAGAGAGAUUCUCGCCUGCUGCUGCUCCUGCCUUCAGCCCCAACCUGCCAAAAUAACUCCCUCUGUAGAAUCCAAACCUUAAUUCAGGAAGAUUCGCUGGCAAGCACCAGGUCAAGGAUGGAGUAGCACCACUCGAGAAGAGAUUCAGCAACCAGACCUGCUGCGAGCAGUAGCUGAGCAAUAUCACCCUCUCCAUUUGUGAUUUUUUUUCAAAAUCGGGAAAAUCCGUGUGUUCCCUGGAGGAGCCGUCAGGGGCAGGACUCUGGCAGGGAUGGCUCUGACUUCACCUGCUUCUGCAAAUGAGUCACGGAGCGUUAUAAAAAGCGAGGAGCUGCCAAGUCUCAUUUCUUGGAACUGAGUGGAAACUUCAGCAAGCAGCUGCUCUUUCCUUAGUUUAUACUUUCCCCCUGCAGGUUCCUUGGAGAGGGCCUGGAAUCACAGAAACUUUGUAGCAGAAAGGACCUGUUGCUCCAUUUUGAUAGCCGCGGCUCGGUGGAAUUAGCUGUUUGGUCCAGAUAUGAUUCUAAUCUUCCUAAGGGAUCUCGGUGAAGCCUGGAAGGAGCCUCGGGAACGCAAUUGAGCAGUGAUUUGUCCUGUUGGGCAGCUGCCUUCUGAGUGCCUCUGGAGAGAUGCCAGCCAGCUGAAUUGAGCAGUGGCAGGGACAGCAUCUCCCCAGGCUGAAGUUCUAAGCCCAGGCUCGUGGCAUUUGCACAAGUGAUCACUGGUGGUUUCUCCCAGUGAGUGGCAGUGAGAAUGAAUGGGCACAUAUCAAACACCCCUCCCGGUGGAUAUGGAAGUUACUUCCCUCAAAUGAAUGGCUAUGGCUCCCCAACAUUUGCCCAGGCAGAGAGGGAGCAGAAUUCAAGAACAAGUGCAAAAGCUCUCUAUGAACAAAGGAAGAAUUAUGCACGAGACAGUGUCAGCAGCAUAUCUGAAACAUCACAGUACCACGUGGAGCACUUGACCACCUUUGUUCUGGACCGCAAAGAGGCAAUGAUCACAGUGGAUGAUGGAAUAAGGAAGCUGAAAUUGUUGGAUGCCAAAGGCAAAGUGUGGACUCAAGACAUGAUUCUUCAAGUGGAUGACAAAGCUGUCAGCUUGGUGGACUUGGAAUCAAAGAAUGAACUGGAGAAUUUUCCUUUAAGCACAAUUCAGCAUUGCCAAGCUGUGAUGAAUGCGUGCAACUACAACUCAAUUCUUGCAUUAAUAUGUAAAGAACCAACCCAAAACAAGCCUGAUUUGCAUCUUUUCCAGUGUGAUGAAAUUAAGGCUACCCUUAUUCAUGAGGAUAUUGAAAGUGCAAUCAGUGACAGCAAAAGUGGGAAGCAAAAGAAGAGGCUUGAGACACUGAGGAUGAUCUCCAAAGCUGACAGUGCCAUCCCCCCACCACCCCGGGCCCCUGCCCCUGUGCCCCCCGGGACCAUCACGCAGGUGGACGUGCGGAGCCGCGUGGCAGCGUGGUCGGCGUGGGCCUCGGAGCAGGGGGACUAUGAAAAGCACAGACAAUACCACGAGCAGGAAGAAACAGCAGAGAUGAUAGCAGCCAGGAUUGACAGAGAUGUUCAAAUUCUGAACCAUAUUUUGGAUGACAUAGAGUAUUUUGUUACCAAACUGCAAAAAGCUGCUGAAGCAUUUGCUGAACUUUCAAAGAGGAAGAAAACUAAAAAAAGUAAAAAGAAAGGACCUGGAGAGGGUGUUCUUACUCUCCGUGCAAAGCCACCUCCUCCAGAUGAAUUUGUUGACUGCUUCCAAAAGUUCAAGCAUGGCUUCAAUCUCCUGGCCAAGUUGAAGUUCCAUAUCCAGAAUCCUAGUGCAGCUGAUCUGGUCCAUUUUCUCUUUACCCCACUACAUAUGGUGGUGCAGACAACAGGAGGGCCAGAGCUUGCCAGCACAGUGCUCAGUCCCCUGCUGACAAAAGACACCAUAGACUUCCUGAGGUACACCGUCACCAGCGAGGAGGGACAGCUGUGGAUGUCCCUGGGGGAUUCAUGGACCAAAGCCAGAGCUGAAUGGCCAAAAGACCAUUUCAUCCCCCCGUACGUGCCCCGUUUCAGGAAUGGUUGGGAGCCUCCUUUGCUGAACUUCAUGGGAGCUCCAAAGGAGCAGGAUCUCAACCAUUUGGCUGAGUCUGUGGCAAACGUGGCAGAGCAACAGAGGAAGCAAGAGAUGAAAAGACUAUCCAGUGAGCCUCCUGGCGUUCCCGACUACCCCCCGGCGGAUGGGUAUGCAUUCAGUAACACGAUGUACAAGAGAGGGCCUCUGCUGGACCCGGGGGCAGCUGUGGCUGCCUUUAAGCAAACUGUUAGCCGACAUGUAGAUAGAAACUAUGAAGCACACAAUAAAGCACAGAGCAAGAAAUAUGCCAAAUGCAAGUAUGAAUUCGUGGCAAGAAACAACAGUGAGCUUUCUGUCAUGAAAGAGGAGAUUGUGGAGAUCCUGGAUGACAGAAAGCAGUGGUGGAAGGUUCAGAACAAAAGUGGCAGCACAGGCUUUGUGCCAAACAACAUUUUGGACCCUCUGAGGAACACGGAAGGCGGCCAGGGAUGGCCGGAGCCUGCCUACACCCGCACCAUCCAGAAGCAGAGGACGGACUAUGUCGCGAAGCAGCCGGAGCCGGCCCCCGCCACGCCCUCGCCGCCGCCCACGCCCGCUCCUGUCCCCGUGCCCGUCCCCGUGCCCGUCCCCCUGCCCCCCAGUGCCCCAGCUCCCAUCCCAGUGCCCGUGCCCAAGGCGCCGGCCGCCGUCAGCCGCCAGAGCAGCACCUCCAGCGACAGCGGCGGCAGCGUGGCCCGCGACACGCAACGGCAGAAGCAGAUCCCCGUGGAUCGCAGGAAAUCCCAGAUGGAAGAGGUGCAGGAUGAACUUGUGCACAGGCUGACCAUCGGCCGGAGCGCUGCCCAGAGGAAAUUCCACGUGCCACGGCCAAACAUCCCCGUGGUGAACAUCACCUACGACUCCUCCCCCGAGGAUGUCAAAGCCUGGCUGCAGUCCAAGGGAUUCAACCCUGUGACUGUGAACAGCCUCGGUGUGCUGACAGGAGCUCAGCUUUUCUCCCUCAAUAAAGAGGAACUGAGGACUGUUUGCCCAGAAGGGUCAAGAGUCUACAACCAAAUUACGGUACAGAAAUCUGCCUUGGAGGCUAGCAGUGGUAGCUCAGAACUGCAAGAAAUUAUGAGAAGACGGCAAGAAAAAAUCAGUGCAGCUGCCACAGAUUCAGGUGUGGAGUCCUUUGAUGAAGGGAGCAGCCACUAAAAAUGUGUUUCCUCUUUUCUUUAAUUCCAUUGUCCAUAGCAUUAAAACCAUCCAGCUUUGCUUUAGGAAGCAGUGAAGGAGAAUGUCUUAUUGUAUUGUAAACGUAGCCAACAUAAAGAAAAUUUACAGUAGUCUCCACAGAAGUACCUGCUGCUGGCUCCUCAUCAUGAGAAAUGAACAGAUGAGAAACACCGUGGAGAUUCCUGACAGGUGAAAAUAUUGGUUCAUGAUUCAUUUACAGCCAGAGAUGAGUCUUGGCUUUACGGAAUUAACAUGACAGAUAAACUGGAGCACGUCUUUGUUGGUGAUUCAUUUGAGGGAAGCUGAGCCAGCAAUAAAAAAGCACUUGAACCCUUCAGUAAUAAUAAGAUUCUGAAUCCCAUCUCUUGCUGUAGUGUGCAAUUAUGUCCUUUUUGGCUCAGUCUUUCUUGUCAGGCAUUUGGCUGCAGGAUGUUUACUUAAGUUGUCGGCUCCAGCAAAUGUGGAGGAAAUGUUUAGGGAAUGAACAGCAGCCCAACACAGGCUGAAUCUUUCCUGCAUCACUCCCAAGAUGUUUUAUUACUAAUGAUGCUGUUUAUAGCAAAAUAAUAUUCUGUACAUUGAUUUUAUCCAUAUUUCACCUGUGAUGAACUAUAAUAUUGCACAAGAAAGAGUAACUAGAAAAUAGUAAUACAACCCAGCUCAAAGAGGAGAUGAGAUCUGCUGUAGCCAUGCAACAACUCACAGCAUAUUUUUCUUUAAAACAUAAUUGCUUUUUUUUUUUGUCUGUAACUUAACCUAUCAAAAAGAACAGUGUAUAAUCUAGACUUCUCUGUGUGUUGAUCCCAGGUAUCGGUUUUUCCUCAUGCAAAAAGCCUUUGUAAUUGCCUUUAUAAAUGUAAUCUUUUGGAAAAGUGGAUUCCUGAAGGUAAAACAGGGGAAAAAAGAAAAGAGAAACAUCCCUUACAGAAAAUGUUAUUUUUGGAGAUGCAAUGAUUUUUGUCACAAAAUGUUCUGUUUCAUAUGGUCAUGUGAUUUUAUAUAUAAUAUAUGUAUUAUAUAUAAUAUAUAAUAUCACUUAAUUUAGACAAAUUUAAUCAUCUAGUUUGAUUAAGUUUCAUAGUGCCUUUUUCACAUGAAUCAGCUUAAAGUCUGCAAUAAACAGUAUUUCUUGUCUGUUAAAUUAUUGUAUCUUUGUGGCUACAAAGACAGUAUUGAAAUAAGAAAGUAAUCUUGAUUUUUGCCAUUAGUAUGCUUUUCCUCUGCGUACAAGGGAAAAAAAAUCUAUUCAUUUUUUUCACAAAUGAAAAAUUAAAAUCUUAAUAAAGGUGUUAGUGCCAUUUAUUGUAAAUGUCCUUGCAAAUA